AUGAGAUCUCACUAUCUCUGGGCGGCGGCCCUUGCCCUGACGGGAACGGUCCAAGCCAUCACAUUGCAAGAUGUGUGUACAGUUUCCUUCGCUAGAAUCUCAUUGCCGGACGACAGCGUAUAUCCUGGCGUCUCAAUUGACAGGUCUUCUGUGAGUGCAGUAGCAGCCUACAACGUGUCGAGCACAGACCAAGUCUAUUGGCCGGGCGCCACGUUCGACUACUGCAAUGUGACCUUUGCCUACUCCCACUUGGGCCGGGAUGACCGGGUGGUGGUUAGCUACUGGAUGCCCGCUCCGUCGAAGUUUGCCAACCGUUACCUGUCGACGGGUGGCAGUGGAUAUGACAUCACAUUGGGAAGCACUUCCUUGCCCGGGGGUGUCAUGUACGGUGCUGUGGCGGGCACAACUGACGGUGGAUUUGGUGGAUUUGAGAAUGGCUCGGACGAUGUGUGGCUUCUAGCUAAUGGCACCCUCAAUUACGAAACGGUCUACAUGUUCGGUUACCAGGCUAUCCAUGAGCUGACCGUCAUCGGGAAGGAGCUUACCAAGAAGUUCUUCAAUACCUCCUCCAUCUACUCUUAUUACCAAGGUUGCUCUGAGGGUGGCCGUGAUGGCUUCAGUCAGAUCCAACGAUUUGCAGAGGACUUCGACGGGGCCGUGACAGGUGCCCCUGGCUUCCGGUUCACUUUCCAACAAAUGCAGCACCUUUGGUCACCCGUUGUCGAGCAAACUUUGGGCUACUAUCCCCCUCCCUGUGAGCUUGAGAAGAUUGUGAACGAAACAAUCAAGGCUUGUGAUGCCCUUGACGGCAAGGAGGAUGGUGUUGUUUCGCGAACGGACCUCUGCAAGCUUCACUUCGACGCUAACAGCACGAUCGGCGAACCGUACAGUUGUGGAGCUUCCUCUCUGACGACCUACAAGAGAAGAAAGCGAUCGGAGACCUAUGCGCUCCCCGCUCAGAACGGCACUGUUUCUGCCCAAGGUGUGGAAGUCGCAAAAGAAAUCAUGCGGGGAAUGCACGAUACGAAGGGGAAGCAAGUCUACUUCUCCUACCAGCCAAGUGCGGCUUUCUCCGACGCGGAGACCCACUACGACUACGAUACCGGCUCUUGGACCCUCGAUAUUACUGAAUCAAACAGUGAAUGGGUGGAGAAAUACAUUAAUCUCCUCAAUGCCACUGAGAUGCCUACGCUCAAGAACGUCACUUAUGACAACCUGAAGGAAUGGGUCCGCAUCGGCUGGCAGAAAUACGACGACACUCUUCAGGCAACUUACCCCGAUCUGUCCCCCUACUCCGAAGCGGGCGGUAAGGUGCUUCACUACCAUGGUGAAUCUGAUUACACUGUUCCCACUGCAUCGUCUGUGCAUUACUAUGAGUCUGUUCGUCGUAUUAUGUACCCUGACAUGUCAACGAACGCAAGCUACGCCGCUUUGGGAGAUUGGUAUCGCCUUUUCCUUGUUCCCGGUGCGGCACACUGUGGCCCGGAUGACUCCCAGCCCAAUGGACCUUGGCCACAGAAGACGCUGGAGACUAUGAUCCGAUGGGUUGAGGAUGGAGUCUUCCCUGAAAUGCUCAACGCAACGGUGCUGCAGGGUGAACAUGAAGGCGAAGAGCAGAAGCUCUGCGCAUGGCCUCUUCGACCUUUGUGGCAAAACAAUGGCACCAUCAUGGAGUGCGUGAAUGAUCCGGAGGGCAUGAAGACUUGGGUCUAUGACUUGAAUGCUUUCAAGAUGCCGGUGUAUUAG